UCCUCCAGAUUUCUCUUCAGACCUCAAAGGACAAAUAUCAGGCAAAGGAAGGGAGAGAGGGAGAAGGGAAAGUGAGGAGGGGAGAGAGAAAGAGAGAAAGAAAGAGGAAAGAUGGCUAGUGAAUUCAGAAAGAAAAUGUUCUGGAGGGCAGUGGUGGCAGAGUUCCUGGCCAUGAGCCUUUUUAUUUUUAUCAGCAUUGGCUCGGCUCUGGGCUUCAACUUCCCUGUGGUGGGCAACAAAACAUCAACGAAGUCUCAGGACAACGUGAAGGUUUCUCUGGCUUUUGGGUUAUCCAUCGCUACCAUGGCGCAGAGCGUGGGCCACAUCAGCGGGGCACACCUGAACCCGGCUGUCACCCUGGGGCUGCUGCUCAGCUGCCAGAUCAGCAUCUUCAAGGCGCUCAUGUACAUCCUCGCCCAGUGCCUGGGGGCAGUGGUGGCCACAGCCAUUCUCUCGGGAGUCACCUCCUCUCUGCCACAAAACUCCCUGGGGCUUAAUGCUCUUUCAGAGGGAAUCAACGCAGGCCAAGGGCUGGGAAUUGAAAUCAUUGCCACCUUCCAGCUGGUGCUGUGUGUCCUGGCCACCACAGACCGGAGAAGGAACGACGUCUCGGGGUCGGCACCUUUGGCCAUUGGUCUCUCCGUUGCCUUGGGACAUCUUCUCGCUAUUGAUUACACCGGCUGUGGAAUUAACCCAGCCAGAUCUUUCGGCUCAGCGCUCAUUGCCAACAACUUUGAAAAUCACUGGAUUUUCUGGGUUGGCCCAAUCAUCGGAGGAGCAAGUGCUGCCCUGAUUUACGACUUCAUCCUGGCGCCCAGAACCAGCGACCUCACCGACCGCAUGAAGGUGUGGACCAGUGGCCAAGUAGAAGAGUAUGACCUGGAAGGGGAUGAUAUGAACUCCCGAGUUGAAAUGAAGCCAAAAUAAGGAAGAGCAUGGAGAGAGGGGAGAAAAAAAAAAAAAAAGAAAAAAAGCAGAAAAAAAAAAAAUGCAGCACAUUGGUUUCCGAAGAUUUUAUCAGUGUUAUAGACUCUUUGUAAACCAGCAAGCAGUACUUUGGUAUUUUUAAUUCAAUACAGUUUUCCUUUUUUUUUUUUUUAUUUUUUUUGGCCCCCAAUCCUAAUAGCGUUUUUUAUAUCUGGGGUUUUUCAAUUACAGAGCCUUUGGGUUGAGAAGUCAUGACCUAAAUAAGUUGGGGUGAAGUUUAUUUAGGUCACCUUUGCAUGACAUAAAUAAAAUGGGCUGGAGUUGAACCCAAUGUCCUGGGUUUUAACCCUAAACCAAGACACUCCUCCAUUGGUACCACCCAAUUUUGAGUUGUUUUUAGCAUGGGGGGGUUCUCCUUCUACAUCACUCAGUAAUGAUAAGUAGUUCCAAUGACCAGUUUGUUUUCUGAAAGAAUAGAUCUUGAGGACAGAGAACCAUCUGUACUAUUAACAGAGGCCUUACUCCUGUAAAAACAGUAUUUAUACAAACAUGCAAGGCUGGCAUCUAAUGCCACCAAUGAAUGGGAAAAAAACCCAGUCUCAAAUCAGUGUCCAAAAGCAUCUUUUGGAAUGAAAGGUUACUAAAGGUUAGUUGCUAGGUAAAAUUAACCAUAAUUUCCCAAAUGAUCUAUCAAUUUUGAGAAAAAGGUCCAGAAAAGUUAGGCAGGGUAAGAAUUUCCAGAGUCACAGGAUCUUUCAGAUUUUCUAGUGUUUCAUUCUCCCUGAACCUGCAUCCAGCUGCUUGUGAGGGGAGAGUGUAUGUGACAAAAAAAAAAAAAAAAAAGAUAUAUUUCCCCCUGGGAAGUAAUAACUAGAAUUCAAAUUGGAGAGUAACAACGAUGCCAACAGGAGUGACGUGGUGCCAAUGUGUAAACAGGAUCUGAUGGUUCCUAUGACUACUCUGCUUUUGUUCACCUGGUGUAAUUUAUCUGGUGAUUUUAAGGAAAACAAGGAGGAAAGAAAUCCCCUUUCUCUCUGACCCCAUUCCAACAGCCAGCACUGUGGCAUUCAGGGACCACAAACAGAUGUACACACGGUUUAUUUUCUAAUGAGGGGCAAAUACAUACCUGUAAGUCCAUUUUGGGGGUGGUUGCUUUGUUUUUAUAUAUAUAUAUAUAUAUAUAUAUAAAUGUUUAUAUAUAUGUUUUAUACAGAAAGCCUAGUGUACUGUUUUGUAAGAAAAUAAGAGCAUAAAGACAAGUGGAACGAAUUGCAGCAGUGCUUAGCGAAAUAAGCAACACUGGAAACAAGAAAGAAAAUUAACACUCUAAACGACAUGGAAAAUUAUUUUCUGUUUAAAUGUGUGUGUGUGUCUGUGCUACUUAUGAUUUCCUGAGUAACCCAAAGCAUUACCUGAUCUUACCAACUAACUACAGAAUAUAGUUAAAGCAGAUCCGUGCUGAAAUACUUGUUCUGCACUAAAGAGUUUUCCAUAAGAAAUGAGGCCCAGAGGAACUGACAGAAAAUCAGCACAUUCCAGCAUUCAGCAAUCCCCCAGAGGUAAUGGGAUGGAUUCUCCUCUCUGAGAGACAGUGUGGGAUUGGGAGGUGAGGUAGGAUUGGCAUAGGAAUCUGAUCAUUCCAUCAAUUUGAGUAGAUGGUCAAAGAAAAAAGAAUAAAAAUGAAAAUCGCCAGCAAAAUAAAGCAGAAUAUAUUUUAUCUUUCUUGUCUACAUUUGGUGUGCUAUCCCAUGUAUUGCCAAUGUACAUAGAGCAUGAUUGGAUUUUGGGGUGGUUUAAAAAUAAACAAAAUCAGUUGUGCUAACAUA